AUGAGUUCUGCACCGAAUGGGCGCAAGAACCGCCCCAGAUCCACCGGGAACAUCUUCCAGAUCGGCAAGGCUUCCUACCGAGACCCGGAGAGGAGGGAGAGCACGGAGAGCACACGCAAAGCCCAGCGCGCCGUGACAGACUGUAGAAUGAUCGUCCAGGAGUUUAACACACUUGUGGCCCUGUAUCGUGAACUGGUCAUCUCCAUUGGCGAGAUCUCCGUCGACUGCCCCUCAAUACGGGCCGAGAUGCACAAGACGCGAACUAAAGGCUGUGAGAUGGCAAGAGCUGCACACCAGAGCCUGUCAGUCAUUUCGGGGCCUGAGGACGGAGAGAUCCACCCAGAGAUCUGCAGGCUCUUCAUCCAGCUGCAGUGCUGUCUGGAGAUGUACAUCACGGAGAUGCUCAAGUCUGUCUGUCUGCUGGGGUCCCUGCAGCUCCACAGGAAAGGUAGGGAAUAUUCCUGUGGGCCUUCCAGGAUUGACAGUAAGGUAGAUGAGAGCUCAGAUAUACCCAUUCUAGAAGACACCUCCUCCUCCCCAAUGGAUUGUCAUCAGCUCUGCUGGCUAGUCGCCACAGACAUAGACAAUACUGAGAGGGACAUGAGAGAGAUGAAGAACCUUCUCAGUAAACUCAGGGAGACGAUGCCUUUACCACUGAAGAACCAAGAUGACAGCAGCUUGCUGAACCUGACUCCUUACCCACUGGCCGGACAGAGGAAGAGGCGGUUCUUUGGGCUCUGUUGCCUGGUAACCAGCUAA